CAGAUGUUGACUUCUCCGGAGUUGCCACCUGCUAAUGGUGCCGGGUUUGGUGUACAAAUCACACUCUCGGAGCCACUCGCUUCUCCGGAUUCUGUCAUUCAGCCCGCGAUCAAGGUUGAGGACAAAACGAAGGAAUUCAGCGAGUUCCAAAGUGGUGGUGUCAGCCCUCUACGUCCUGACGAAAGGGUGAUCAGGGACUCGAUUGUCAGUCCAAUGGCCACUCAAACCAUGCAUCUCACAACGGUCCAAGAACAAGUCAAGAAUCCAGGCUUAUAUUCCAAACCUGUCGAUGACCCACAACCGGACCAAUCCUCGAGACAGACUUUUGACACCACUGAGAUGACUUCUGGACUGUCUUUGCCGACGGGACCAUUUCAAACCUCCGAAGCCAGUCCAUCGUCGAAUCAUGUCACCGAUGUUGCUAUCAAAUUCUCCAUACCACGCUCCUCUGACCACGGCAGAGCUCAGUUGGUGAAUCUUAGCAACCUAUCUGACACACCCAUUCGAUCUUCAGCGGAGAUCAAGACAGCGCGUUCUGCAGAUGACAAUAGCUUGCAAGGCACUUCUCUUUCCAGCAUCGAGAAGGUGGCUCCACUUCGUAUCAGAAGGAUGGAAAGCUUCUUACCUAUGGCCACAGGCGCUGAGGGGGCUGACCUCUCUUCGUUCAUCCGUCGCUCAUUCCCUCGCAAAAGAUCAAUGUGGACCACCACUCAGCCCGACCUCAACAGAUCGUCUACUGAGUCAACAACAGAUCUUGGAACAGUGACAUUCAAGGGUCGUCCUGGCUACCUUCCUGAUCUCAACGAAGACUCCAAGGAAGACAUAAGUAGCAGAAAUACCAAGUCCUCGUACACCGGAUUGAGACUUUCCAAUACACCCUCACUGCAGCUCAAGCCCGUUCGUGAAGGUGUGAGACGAUCUGAAGAUGCGCCUCAACCAAGCUAUCUGGCACCUCGUCCCCCAAGAAUGUCGCUUUCAGAACUGAGAGAGAUUCCUUCUUUGAAUUUCAGCCGUAUGGAUCUCUUCGACAAGCUCAACGAAGAACUUGAAACACACAUAUCUCGGUCUUCGAAGUCCUUGGCUGGAGUCAGAGGAGAGAGGAAAUCUGGCACCCGCCGUUCAUCAUUAUUGCACCCAGCCUCGACCGAUCAGAUUCGUGAGAGGUACACAAGCUUCUUCACUAACCCUGAAGAUUCUGAACUGCUCGGAGAUUCGACCACCGAAGGUCUUGACACCAACACCGGCCAAGGCGAGACACAAACCACACACGAGAAGAAUCAGAACGAUGUGGACAUUGUGUCGACCAAAUCUUUCGCCCGUUCAGUCAGACCGAUCUCUACGCAGCAAAUGUUGGGUAUGACUUCAGAGGUCAACCGUCUUCCUGUUCCCUCCGUGGCUGCUCUAUCCGAACGUCUGUCGACGCUUCUACCCUCAAUCAAGCAUCUACACAUCGAGUGUGCUCCAGGCGAUCAGACAGCAAUGAACGACGCCAUUGAUAGAAUCCAUCAUCUUGGACGGCCCGAGAGUGAGGGCGCUCCACUCCUGAGAUCUUCUACAGGGCUUCAUCAACUAGCCGCGAUCGCAGACAACAUUGUGACGCAUGGCACCCAUGACUCCGCUCUUCUCGAAGUCCAGAAAAGCAGUAGACUGAUGAAAGAGCUCCCUCCUUUGCCAGAGGACAGUGAGAGAUUCUCACUGAGCGACUCCGGCCUUGACCGCAACACGACCCUCAUCACCGAGGCCGUGACUAGCGCUUCUGAGCUUGAAACACCAAAGCCUGCCUUACUUCGCGGCAAGUCGCUGAACGUCAUUGACAGCAAAGACGAAGAUCUUCACCCAGGAUUCGCCUCCAGACAUUCUCUCGUGUUGUCUGCUCAGAACCUGAGACCUUGGAAUCUUGACGAGAAUUACCCAUGGUGUGGUCACAGUCCUGGCAUCAAUAUCGACUUCCCUACUCCUGUGUUACGUCGUCACUCCUCUCCUCCCAAGCUCGUUCAGAGGCAGAGCCGCGGCUCCAACAAGUCUAAGAGCGAGACUGAGGAUACCCUGGAUCCAGACAGUACUCUUCCGUCAUCACCCAUGGUUUCGAACAGCGAGACUGUUACUCCCACUGUACUGACUAUUCAUGACCGCAAGUCGUCCAAGAAGUCGCUCAUUGGAUCUUUGUCUCGUCGCAUCGGUCUGAAUGCACGCGCACAGUCCGGCUCUAUUGCCCGAGAAGGUGUUCUUGCCGAAAGAGCAAGUCCUGGGGACAGGUAUCCGUACACGAGCUUGCAGUCACCUCACACGCUCAACAUAGAAGAAGUGCGUUCCUUCUUCUCGGACUCUACAGAAGAAGAUCAGGGAGAGGAGCGACGUGGUUCGUUUCGUAAGCAGAUUACGUCCUUUCGAGGAAAAUCCUCAAGAGUGCCAAAUACACAUGGCUGUGCGCCUUAUUCGCAGUCACUGGACAUCCACAGGGGUCGAUCUAUGGAUCAGUACGGACGGCCUUCGCAUGUGCACACUACUGGUUCGCUCUGCGAUGACCGCUUCACUGAGCCUGUCACGCCUCAGAACUAUGAUGGCAUGGUCGGUAUGGGCAGAGUUGAGUUUCGUGUGAAGCGUGUCGCGGAACGUCUAAGACACAUCUGGUUGAAGGGCGGUGAGAUAAUUCGUUCUCUCAGUCAGCGCAGUCGCCCAACCAAGAGACAAAACAGGGAAAGGGAGAUUGAAGUCGAUAAUUGGCUUGCGGAUAGCCUCUACUCUCGCGAUUGAUGUUCUCAAAGGUCUGCCAGGCCAAGGAUGGGAGGGUAAGAGUGUAUUGAUGAUCAUUCUUGACGAUUGUAUGGCUAUACACUGCAUGGCUACAUGCGAGGCAGAUCAGGGACACUGGCGAGUGUGUUACGCGACCAUGAACUAGUAGAAUUAUCUUACAGCAUCAGAUAUAGACAGUAUCUUCGAAAUGAAAACC